CAGCUUGGCCCCAGCACCAUGGCUCCCACAAAAAAGGGUGGCGAGAAGAUGAAGGAGCGUCCGGCUAUCAACAAGGUGGUGACCAGAGAGGACACCGUCAACAUUCACAAGCGCACCCACGGUGUGGGCUUCAAGAAGGGAGCCCCUAGAACACUCAAGGAGAUGCGGAAGUUUGCCAGGAAGGUGUUGGGGACACCAGAUGAACGAAUCGACACCAGUCUCAACAAAGCUGCCUGGGCCAAAGGAAUCCGGAACGUCCCAUACCGUAUCCGUGUGCGGCUGUCCCGGAAACGUAAUGAAGAUGGAGAUUCCACUCCCCAAACAAGCUCUACACGUUGCUACGUGCCUGCCACCACUUUCAAAAACCUACCGACUGUCAACGUGGAUGAAAAUUAG